AUGGAGCGGGCGGCGGGCGAGGCGCGGCCCCUGCUGCGGGCGGGGGGCUCGGCCGCGCCCCGCGCCCCCGGGCUCUCCUCCGCCGGCGCCGUCUUCAUCCUGCUCAAGUCUGCGCUGGGCGCGGGGCUGCUGAGCUUCCCCUGGGCCUUCGGCAGGGCCGGCGGGGCCGUGCCCGCCCUCCUGGUGGAGCUGCCCUGCUGUGUUCCCGCUGGGCCCGGGGUGUCAGAGGCUCUGUGUGGUGCUCCUUGCCGGGUCGUGUCCCCGCAGGGCUCGCUGGUGUUCCUGGUGAGCGGGCUGGCGGUGCUGGGCUAUGCGGCGGCUCUCAGCGCCCAGCCCACCUACCAGGGGGUGGUGCGGGCGGUGUGCGGGGCGGCGGUGGGGAAGCUCUGCGAGAUUUGCUUCCUCCUCAACCUCUUCAUGAUCUCCGUGGCCCUUCUGAGAGUGGUGGGGGACCAGCUGGAGAAACUGUGCGACUCCCUGUACCCCAACGUGACCCUGAGCGGGGCCCCCCAGCUGCCCCCCUGGUACGUGGACCAGCGCUUCACCCUCUCUGCUCUCUGUGCCCUCGUCAUCUUCCCGCUCUCUGUGCCCAGGGAGAUCGGCUUCCAGAAGUACUCCAGCAUCCUGGGCACACUGGCCGCCUGCUACCUCACUCUGGUCAUCAUCCUGAAAUACUACCUGGAGACAGAGAGCCUGAGCUUGACCAACCCUCCCCAGCGCUCCAGGUCCUCCUCCUGGGCCUCCAUCUUCAGUGUCAUUCCCACCAUCUGCUUUGGUUUCCAGUGCCACGAGGCAUGUGUGGCCAUCUACAGCAGCAUGAGCAACCAGAGCUUCUCCCACUGGGUCACCGUGUCUGUGCUCUCCAUGCUCAUCUGCCUGCUCAUCUACUCCCUCACUGGGCUCUAUGGCUACCUGACCUUCGGCGAGGCCGUGGCGUCCGACGUGCUCAUGUCCUACCCGGGGAACGACCCGCUCGUCAUCGUCGCCCGCCUGCUCUUCGGCGUCUCCAUCGUCACCAUUUACCCCAUCGUGGUGCUGCUGGGCAGGUCGGUGGUGAGGGACCUGUGGGCACCCCCCAAGCGCGGGGCCGCGGUGUCCGAGGCGCAGGAGCGGCGGGGCCGGGUGGCACUGACUGUCACCUGGAUGGGCGCCACCCUCACCAUCGCCCUGGCCGUCCCUGACAUCGGAAAGGUCAUCGAACUCAUCGGGGGCAUCAGCGCCUUCUUCAUCUUCAUCUUCCCAGGGCUGUGCCUGGUGUGCAUGACUGGGACCUGCAGCCUCGGCCCUCGCAAAAAGGCUGCUCUCAUCACCUGGGGUGUCCUCUCCGUGCUCGGCGGUGCCUUCGUCUGCGGGCAGAGCGCUGCCCUGGCCGUGCUGGGGCUGCUGCGCUGAGGGCUCAGCCCCCGGCCAGAGUCCCACCAGGACCCCUCCUCCACGGCCCCUGCCCACCCUGCCCAGCCCACGGCCCGGACAGAGCCCCGGACAGAGCCCCGGACACAGCCCCGGACAGAGCCCAGACACGGCCCCGGAUACAGCCCCGGAUACAGCCCCGGACACAGCCCUGGACACAGCUCAGACACAGCCCCGGACACAGCUCAGACACAGCCCCGGACACAGCCCUGGACACAGCUCAGACACAGCCCCGGACACAGCCCUGGACACAGCCCAGCACUGGAGCCCAUCGUGG